AUAUAUAUAAACACAGAACAUCAGAACUGCACAGUCGUACUGCCACCUGCUGAGGUUCUCCCCUCGGUUCCCCCCGAAACAAACACUACUCUUGUUUCACCUCCAUCAAGCUCCUCAAGGCCAACAUCAAGCAGUUUAGCAUCAGCCAGUGUCACACAUUCAUGGACUGAAAAUUUCCAAGUUCCCUGGAGCUUAAUGCCAGACGGUAUAAAGAGUGCUGUUGAGAAUGGACAGAGACCUUCUCCUUCUGAUCGAAGACAAAUGAUUAGAAUCCUUGCUGAUGAAAUGAGAAAACAUGACAAAAACCCCACCAGAUCACAGUGUCUUACUGUUAGUCGCAAAAUAGUGAGCCAGUAUCCAAAGUCUUUUGCUGACAUGUUGGGUGACAAGCAGGUUGGGGGUGGAUAUGAAUCUGUUCUUUCACAGCUGAAAGUACGCAUCGAGCACCUGAAUCGAACAAAUACACUAAGUCAUCAUAGGAUCCAAAGAAGUGACACCGGAACUACUAGAAAACGAAGUUCCACUGACUCGUAUGGUUGUACAAGAUGGCAGCCGGAUCUUCCACCUAGGGAAACUUAUGACAGUCUUGAAGUGAAACGUCAGAAGAUGGAGGAGAUGCAUCUUCAUGAAGGAAUCUCUGGAGCAGAGAGAGGAGACGUUUGCAAGCUCAUGGAGGAAACCUAUUGGCUUCAGCGUCACAUGAUCAAUGCAACCCCAUCCCCUACAAUUGCAGAUAUCAAAACUAAAUGGCCAUAUCUUUUCACACAGAGGCAUAUAUAUGGACAUUUUGAACAGCUUACUGACAAAAAAGUGCUCAGAUGUUUGGAAUUGUCUAUUCAGGAGUGUGGACAAAUCAUAAUUGAAUUUUUCAAAAGCAAACCAACCAAUGAUGACAUUCGAAGCAUUCUCUCCAGAGGUGAAAAUGAUGUGGAUGCCAUGGUCAUACAACUACUCCUUGCACACUUCAAAGAGAAGUUAGAUGGUGUUUUCCUUCAAGCAGAUGUAAGUAGAGAUUAUUCAACCAAUCUAAUUUAUCUAUAAUCUCUUUUAUGGAUUGGUCUGUUGAUCUUUUUUUUAAAAUUUGUUUCAGGAAUUUGCAACUCCAUCUGAUGUCCAGCAUUCUCUUAAUUUGCCAGAGAGUCCACGCCUUAUAUUUCUUGGUAUGUUAACAUUAAAGUCGUUUAACCUUAUAAAGUGAAGAGCAAGUCAUCAUUUACUUGCCCCACUGCAAAAAAAUGUUUUAAUUAACUUCUAUUUAUUUAUUUUUUUGUUCCCAAGUGUCUUUUCAUUUUUUUCUUUUUUGCAUGAAGAAUUUACUAGACAAGUAAAAAAAAAUAUU